AUGGUGACAACGAAAAGGGGACGAGGACGGCCGAAAUCAACAGUGCCACCGUCACAGGAAACUCUCACUAACUUGAAGACACUUGAGCCUGAAUCAAGUAACACCACUAUUAGUGUUCAGAAACCUGGGAAUGUUUCAGGAACCAUCGCCGGAGAAGACAAAGCUACUACAAAUGCGCUGGCGAGAGAGAACAGUGAAACCCUAACAGAACCGUCAAAAACCCAAACUGAAGAACGUAAACCAUGGGUUGAUGUAAUCAAUGACAACCGGAACCCUGCAAGAGGAAUGUCAAUAGAAUAUGUUGCGCCAAAGCUCAUCAAUGGAAUGAUUGAAAUUGACAUUGAACAAGAAGAUAUUGAAACAGAAAUACAAUUUUGGGAUAAUGCUCUAAUCCUUUAUGUUGUGAGGGAUGACCUGAGUAUAAACACGGUGAAGAACUUUAUGCAGAGAAUGUGGAAUUUCGUGAAGAUGCCAGAUUUGUAUUAUCAUGAUGACGAAUAUUUUCUGAUCAGAUUUAGCUCCCAAGAAGACAAGGAAGCAGUCAUGAUGAAAGGGCCUUACACGAUUCAAAACAUGCCCCGUGAUAUUGAAGGAAUGGCAAACUGGUUUCAACUUAAAAAAGGAUCUGCUAAGAACCUUACCUAUUUGGGUCAAACUUCCCCAACUUCCCCUCAUCUAUGGGGGGCAAAACGUCUCAGCAAAAUUGGAAGCGCUAUUGGCAAACCGUUGGUGACUGACGAAUGCACUGCAAAUAAACUUCGUGUCUCAUAUGCAAGAUUACUGAUUGAGGUAGACAUUACACAACCUCUGAUUGAUGAAAUAACCAUUAGGAAUGUUGAAGGCGAUAUAAUAAUGCAGCCUGCGAGUUACGAAUGGAAACAAAAAUUCUGUGAUACAUGUCAGAAAAUAGGGCAUAAAUGUGAAGAGCGUGGGAAGAAGCAACAAUGGAAACCAAAGCUCAAGCCACCUAAAAUGUCCACCAACAUAACGCCUGGAAAACCACCAGAAAGAGAGGAAACAACAGGAAUCAGAAGUGAUUCUUGGACAAGAGCACGGAAGUCUGUUAGGGAUAAAGGUAAAAUUAUAGCUAUUGAUACAAACAACAACAUCAACUGUAACAAUGGUUUUGAGGCACUUGAGGUUUUGAAUGACCAUCAAGUGACCAUCAGCCUCGAACCAUGUUAG